AUGUCUCUGAAUAGCCGCAUUGCUCCCAUAGAGCAGCUUGAAGAAGUUGACGAGGACGACAUGCAUCAUGACUGUACUUUAUCGAUUAUGGUUGGAAUUGAACAGAGCGGUUGUUGCGUAGGUACGAAGAUCGAGAUCGCCAUUGUCUGGGAUCUGCGUGAAGACCCUACUAGUUUCGAUAUUCUAGUGUAA